AUGUACUACAGUAGUGACGGAGGAUAUAGUGACAACGGUGCGAGGUCUAAUCAGAAGCUGGAGGCUGGGAUUUAUGAGAUUGAUCAAACUUCUGCUUUGGUUGCCACAGAUUAUGAGGACUAUGAACAACCCUACUCAAGGGCAUAUGGAUCUUCACAAGAAGAAUAUAAUGGUCAACAUUCUAACCCCUAUCGUUAUGAAGAUGAUGAGGAUUAUAGAGCACAAUAUCAACCAAGAAAGCCACCACCAAUGGAUGAGGCUCCUACGGAAAGUUUUGAGGACAAAAUGGUAAGGAUGUUUGGUGAGCUUAGGCAAGAAAUGGCCAACAUAAGUCAAGAGUGGAAACAAGACUUUAGGCAAGAAUUCUCCACUAUAAGGAAAGAUGUCUCAAAUUUUAGACAAGAGAGUCAUGCUUCAAUAAGGAACUUGGAAACACAAGUAGCUCAAAACUCCAAGGCAUUGGCCGAGAGAUCACAAGGAGAUGUCAUAGAGGAAGAAGAGCCUAAAGAAGAUGUUAAAGACAAAGAAGAAAACAUUGAGCUUGCAUAUGGUAAGACACUUGACCCUAUUAGUUUGUUUACUUUUGAUGAUAAUUCUUUGUUAAAUGAACAUGUUGGUGAAUUGCAUGAUAUGCUUUGUAAUGUUGAUGGUGAAUUGAAUGUUGAUGCUAGUUUGCUUGAUUUAAAUGAUGUUGAAUUUGACACUUUCCANAAUUCUAAUGAUAAUGAUGGCCUUGAGUUGUUUACUUUUGAUGAUAAUUCUUUGUUAAAUGAACAUGUUGGUGAAUUGCAUGAUAUGCUUUGUAAUGUUGAUGGUGAAUUGAAUGUUGAUGCUAGUUUGCUUGAUUUAAAUGAUGUUGAAUUGAAUGUUGAUGCUAGUUUGCUUGAUUUAAAUGAUGUUGAAUUGAAUGUUGAUGCUAGUUUGCUUGAUUUAAAUGAUGUUGAAUUUGAUGUUGAUGCUAGUUUGCUUGAUUUAAAUGAUGUUGAAUUUGACACUUUCCAUGAUAAUUGCCUUGAUGAUGCUAUAUAUAUUCAUGAUUUGCUUGGAGAAGAAAAAGAGGAAACGGAUGGAGAUUUAAUGGAUGUGUUGUUAAGUAGUGAAAAAGAGGAGGUUGAGGAGAGUGUGACUAUAGAAAAGGAAAAUGAAGAAGAAAAUUUUGAAAAUAAGAAGGUGUUGUUUGAGGAAGUUCAUGGCAAAAUCAUAGAAGAGGAGAAGGAAAAGACAAGAGAUGAGAGUGUAAAGGAGGAAGUUGAGUAUAAAGUGAGAAAUGAUGAAAAGGAUUUGCUUGAUUUAAAUGAUGUUGAAUUUGACACUUUCCAUGAUAAUUGCCUUGAUGAUGCUAUAUAUAUUCAUGAUUUGCUUGGAGAAGAAAAAGAGGAAACGGAUGGAGAUUUAAUGGAUGUGUUGUUAAGUAGUGAAAAAGAGGAGGUUGAGGAGAGUGUGACUAUAGAAAAGGAAAAUGAAGAAGAAAAUUUUGAAAAUAAGAAGGUGUUGUUUGAGGAAGUUCAUGGCAAAAUCAUAGAAGAGGAGAAGGAAAAGACAAGAGAUGAGAGUGUAAAGGAGGAAGUUGAGUAUAAACUCGGAAUGUUGAAGCUAGAGGAGUUGGUGUUUUGCUCUUUAGGUUGUGGUGGAGGUGCAGACGGUCCGGACUCUCUUGGUGGUGGAGAAUACAUUGAAGAAUCCAAAGGCGAAUACAUUUCCGGGAGAGAUGGGGAAUUGAAUGACAUCAGAGAAGGUGUGAAUCCUGGGGAUGUCAUGGGCGUGUUAGCAUGA